AUGAUAACCCGAAGGUGGUUCCAUCCAUCACUGAAUGGAAUGGAUGCCGAAAAACUGCUUUUAGAGAAAGGUCGAGACGGGUACUUCCUGGCUCGGCCCAGCAUGAGUAAUAAAGGAGAUUUUACACUAUCAGUUCGAAGGGGGUUAGAAGUCACACAUAUAAAGAUUCAAAAUAAUGGUGAGUUUCUUGAUCUAUAUGGUGGUGAAAAAUUUGCCACUCUAUCAGAGCUAGUACAGUUCUAUAUGGACAAUCAGGGUCAACUACGUGAGAAGAAUGGUAACGUUAUUCGAUUAAAAACUCCGUUAAAUUGUGCCGAUCCGACGACGGAGAGAUGGUAUCAUGGGCAACUCACAGCAAAAGAAGCAGAAAGAAUGAUGUUAGAAAACGGUAAAAACGGAUCUUUUCUCGUUCGUGAAUCCCAGAGACAACCAGGGGAUUUCGUUUUAUCAGUGCGCACGAGGGAUAGGGUAACUCAUGUAAUAAUACGGAGGCAGGAUAAUAAAUACGACGUGGGAGGCGGCCAACAGUUCGAAGACCUCGUCAGUCUCAUAGAACACUAUCGUAGUUUUCCCAUGGUUGAAACUAACGGUGAAGUGCUAAGGCUCAUUCAACCGUUCAACGCGACGCGUAUCCAAGUGCAACACUUUCACACGCGAGUCAAACAACUGCAAAAAGAAAAUGAAGGCCCAAUCGAAAGUAUGGCGUACAAACAAGGUUUCUGGGAGGAGUUCGAAACGUUACAGAUGAUGGAAAAUUUACAAUUGUUCGAUAGAAUGGAGGGGUCUAAGCCAGAGAAUAUAAGAAAAAAUAGAUACAAAAAUAUUAUUCCGUUUGACCAUACUCGUGUCAUUUUGCGAGAUAUUCCAACAGACCCCCCUCCGGGCUCUGAUUAUAUAAAUGCCAACUACAUUCGGUGCGACUUCAUCGAUACUAAUUCCGACUCACAGGACUUAAACGGAAGUAAUGAAAACAACUCUCCUCAUGCGAAAGAUGGUGCUUCUAAAAUCAAAGACAAACUUUCUCCUACACACACUGGUGUUAUAAUUACAGAAGAAAAACCGAGGGAAAUUCUAAAAGGUUACGGCAAUGGCACCCAUAAACCAACAACGACAUUUGAGCCCAAUGUCCUUCGGACAAACCCUAAUUACGUCAACACAACGAUACCUAAAUCAACUGCAGUCAUAGAGAAUGGGGACUCUGAUAAAGUUUACAAUAAAAUUUAUAUCGCUACACAAGGCUGUCUUUCAACGACUAUUUACCAAUUCUGGUCAAUGAUAUGGCAAGAGGACGUUCGUAUAAUAAUAAUGACCACAAAGGAGAUAGAGCGUGGUAAAGUAAAGUGCGAGCGUUACUGGCCAGAACUUAAUAAAUCUGAAGUGAUAAAGAAAUAUUCUAUUUACAACGAGUCUGAGUCAUCCACUCAAGACUACACGUUGAGGAGAUUUGUAGUAACGAAAAAGGACGAGCCGAAUAUAAAGCGGACCAUAUAUCAUUUCCAUUUCACCGCGUGGCCUGACCACGGCGUGCCUUCGGAGCCGGGUCGAGUGUUGAACAUCUUACUCGACGUCAACUACAGACUCCAACAAAUAAUGACUGGGCCUAAUCCCCCGAGUCAAGCGGUAGUGUGCGUCCAUUGCUCCGCCGGCAUCGGCAGGACGGGAACGUUUAUAGUCAUAGAUAUGAUUCUGGACCAAAUAAGAAAAGAAGGAUUCGACUGCGAGAUAGAUAUCCACCGUACGGUGCAAAUGGUCAGAGAUCAAAGAUCUGGGAUGGUGCAAAACGAAGCCCAAUACAAGUUUAUUUACAUGGCUUUGCUAGAGUACAUCGAAACUGAAAAGCAAAGACUUUUGAUGCCGCUCUCGCAGGACUCCCUGCGCAUA